AUGAAAAAACAUGAAGACGAAAAUAAUCACCAUUGUCCGGAGUGUCUUCGUGUAUUCACAAGAAGAGAUGCUCUUGAUGAGCAUUUCAUGCAACACGAAAGCCAGAGUGGUGGAGGUAGAAAAAGGACUCGUGAUGACGGAGCAGAUACUAAUGCCAGUCAUAAGAAACAAAAAUUAACAGCAAAGGACGAUGCGAAGGAAUACUAUCGGAUGGAUAAGAUCAGUGAAAAAAGAAUAGAAAAGUUCAACUCGACCGUAUCGUAUUACAAAAUAUCAAUCAAAGAUAUGGAGAUCAGUGAACUUCCAAAUAUUAUCAAAACUGUAAAACAAAUUUUCCAGUCGAUUAAUGACAGUAUCGCAGGCAAAGAGUGGACAAUGGAUAAUCCGCAAUUGGACUUUUCUAUCGUUCUUUCAUUUAUGAGAAGGUCUGAACUUACAGUCGACAGACUUAUGUCAGAAAUAGAGAGGGUGCUUCAGGAACAAUUUGUGCUUAAUGAAACAUUUGGGCUGGAACUCGUUCAUGUACAUUUACCUACUGGAAGUGGAACUCAUGGCAGGCCUUAUGUGGACAUAUCAAAGAUGUUAAAAAAUAAAGGAAAUAACACAAAAGAAGUUCCUGGCAUAGAUCCGUUUGAAAAAUGUUUGACCAUUGCAUCGGCAUGUAAUUUGGUGUUCAGACGAAUUUUUCUGGAGCACGAAAAUAUUGGCAUUAUUCCAACACACGGUUACAGGCCUGAAGAGAAACAGUCUGUUUUAGCAUACAAAUGGCUGGCUUACCUUGCAUACCAAAAAGAUGUGUACAUACAGCAUGGUCGAAAUGUCGGUGAAAAACAAAUAGGCCCUUACAAAGGUAACGGACACUACAAAACUGAAGAAGGAGAGAAAGUUGCUUUAGAAAUGAAUGGUUGCUUUUGGCACGGUUGCAACCGUUGCUUUAAAAGUAACACCAUCAAUCCCGUGAAUGAUAUGACAAUGGGCUAUCUGUAUGCUAGAACAUUGGACAGACAACAGAAUAUAGAGUCCCUGGGAUAUACGUACGUGUCGAAGUGGGAAUGCGAUUUUAAAAAGGAAAUACAGGAUACCCCUGGUUUUCAAGAAUUUAUAAGAUCUGUGAAUAUAGUGACCCCACUGGAGCCGCGAGAUGCGUUUUACGGUGGAAGAACAGAAGGAUUCAAAUUGUACGAAGAAGCGUCAAAUGACCAAGAAAUAAACUAUUAUGAUGUAACAUCGUUGUAUCCGUAUUUUAACAAAACUGGUAAAAUACCUCUAGGACAUCCCGAAAUUAUCAUAGAAAAUUUCAAAGACAUUACCAAAUACAAGAGUCUGGUCAAGUGUAAAAUUGUACCUCCACGUGGACUCUAUCUACCUGUUUUACCCGUGAAGUUGAAUGGAAAAAUGCUUUUCAGCCUAUGCAGAUCAUGCGCAGACCAAUACCAGCAGUCGCCAUGUCAGCACACUGAUAAUGAAAAAGCCUUUCUUGGUACUUGGAAUACAGAUGAAGUCAAACUGGCCCUGUCUCAGGGCUACAAAAUAAUGGAAAUCUAUGAAGUUUGGCAUUUUCCUAAGAUAUCACAGUAUGACCAAAACUCCAAAUGUGGCGGUAUAUUCACCGAAUAUGUGAAUACCUUCCUAAAAGUCAAACAGGAGGCCAGUGGGUGGCCUGAAUGGUGCAAGACAGAAGAUGACAAGCAGUCAUAUAUGCAAAAUAUUUAUGACAAAGAAGGUAUACUCUUAGACUAUGACAGGAUAUGCAAAAAUCCAGGUCUUCGAUCCUUGGCAAAACUGAUGCUGAACUCCUUCUGGGGCAAGUUUGGCCAACGUACAAACCUAGAACAGACGUCUUAUGUAACAGAUACAAACGAGUUUUCUGACUUUAUGACCAGUGAUCAACAAGAAAUAAAGAACAUCCGUUUUGUCAAUGAAGAAACUGUGCAGUUAGCCUGGCCAUACAAUGGCGAUUUUAUUGAGGCUUCUUCCCGGACAAACGUUGUCAUAGCUGCAUAUACAACAGCACAGGCGCGUAUUAAACUUUAUAGCUAUCUACAACAUCUUGGAAGGUGUGCACUUUAUUGUGACACAGACUCGAUAAUAUUUUCAUCCAGACCAGGGCAGUGGAAACCACCUCUUGGAGAUUAUCUCUGGGAUAUGACGGACGAGGUUUCAGGAAACAAAAUUACGAAUUUUGUUACGGGUGGACCGAAAAAAUAUGCGUACAAAACACAACGUUGUGAUAAAAAUGGUUAUAAAUCAGUCUGCAAAGUGAAAGGAAUCACGCUUAAUUUUAAAAACUCCCUCAAGAUUAAUUAUGCUAUGGUGGUUGACAUGCUGAGGGGGUCAUCCAUUGGUUUAGGGAAUGGAUUAAAUUGCAGACCACCCACAAAUCAAUCUUUGUAUCGGCUUUCAGAAUACACAGACCCCACUGACAUCAUUUACUCAUAUCGACAAAAAAUCGUACAAAAAUUCCAAAUUCAAGAAAAUGCAAACGAGGUUGACGGAAAAAUAGCGCCGAUGCGGGAUGCUGUGCAAGCGUUGGAUUAA